UCCCCAGACCCUCCUCUCCAACUCAUUCCUGCAGGUUUGGAUUAUUGUUUUUAUCAUUGAGCAAAAGUCUAAAGAUGUUUCCUCGUACGUUUAGAAGUCUGUCACUUCUAAAGUAAUUACAUCCUAAAAACACGCAGAAGGCAUUUUUAGCUCAUUCUCAUUUCCGCCUUGGUCUCAGCUGAGAGAAAAUGGCGAGUUGUGAUGUGGAAGAUGUUGAUAGUUCUUCAACAUGUAAUGGUUUGAAAAACAGUUACGAAGACUCUUGCAAUGGUAAUGGAGAGUAUCAACAUGAUGAUGAUGAUGAUGUUGAUGAUUUCUGGAUAAAUCCUACUGGUGUUGGGGGGAGUCAUGGUCAUCACAGGAAGAUUAACAGUACAAGUCGUUCAAUUAGCACUUCUUCAGAYGAGCAAUGCUUUGAUUUGGAAUUUGAUAAAGAACCAGAAGAUAAAGAAGACAACAUCAAUGAAAAAAAAGAAGUCAAGAUAAUUGCAGAGGAAAAGCCAAAGAAUGAAGAAGUCACCUCAAAGACAACAACAAAAAGCAGAAAACAUGCCAGAUUUUCACAUCAGAACAACUGGAAACAUGCUUUGAAGAAAGCCAUGGAUAUGCCGGAUCCUUGGGAGAAGUUUCACUUGGAUAUGUGUUCACAGGAAGUAGCAAUACGACAUCGCUACAAUGCGCUGAAGAAAACAUGGGUCAAAGAUGAAGUGAGAGUAAAAAUGGAAUCAGCACCAUUUGACCAGGGAGCCAUGAGAGUUUGCUACAGAUUGAAAAAGUUGUCAAACUUUUCCAAGCACAUGGACUGGAAACAUGCAUCCAACUAUGUUGCCAAGCACUACAUUGAAGAGGUUCAGAGAGAGCAAUACUUUGAUGAUGUCAGACUGCAGAUGGAUGCCAAGCUGUGGGGAGAAGAGUACAAUAGAAGAGACCCUCCUAAGAAGGUGGACAUUUUCCAAACUUACAUCAUUGAGUUAAAAGAAAGGGUUGGUUCACCUCUAUAUCAUCUGGAGCACUACAUUGAAGGAGUGUACAAGAAGUACAACUCUAAUUCUGGCUUUGUACUUAGAGAUGAAACACUAAGAUCAACACCUCAGGCUUUUAGUCAUUUUACUUUUGAGAGAUCUGGUCAUCAAAUGAUAGUUGUCGAUAUUCAAGGUGUUGGUGAUCUGUACACUGACCCUCAAAUACACACCGCUGAUAGUAAGGAGUAUGGAGAAGCUAACCUAGGCCCUAGUGGAAUGGCAUUAUUCUUUAGUACCCACAUGUGCAACAGCAUAUGCAAGACUUUGGGCCUCACUGAAUUUGAAGUCAGUGACAAAGAAGAAUACAGAAUCAAAAAAUCUUUACAAUCCAUCCAAGACUCAAAAACUGUAGUGAAGAGCAGUUUUGAAGAACAGUUUUCACCAAGGAAGAUGUCAGCAAUCUUUGAUUUGCAGUCUCACUGCAUGGCUAAUUCUCCCCCUCAAUCCCCUGGUUCUGACCAAAUCCUAGAAUCCCCACCCACUUCCCCAAGGGAGGUUGAGAUUCCAGAGUCCCCAACAUCUCCAUUUGUAUCUAUAUCAUCAUGGACAGAAGGCAAGCUGUCAGACUCUGAUACUUCAGAGACUGAAAGUGAUAACAGUGAUGUUUUUACUGAGAAUAGCGAGGAUGAAGAAGAAGCAAGGAGACUUUUUGCAGCUUCUAUGGUUCAUAAAUCAUCAAGUGUGUGCUUUGAAGCUCAAGCGUUGGAAAAAGUGCGUCAAGAACAUCAACAAAAACUGCUCCGACAAAAAAGUGUUUCUGUUUUAGGACAGGUUCACUUUGAAAUGGCCAAAUACAAUGAGAUUGGAAGGUUCACAGACAAGGAACCAGAUAUGGAGUCUGCCAUGUAUCACUUGGAAAAAGCAGCAACUUGUAAUGUUCCUGAAGCGUUGUUACUGAUGGCUGAGAUAUACCUUCAGUUACCCCAUGACACCUUCCCGUUACUAACAGCUGAGGAGAAUACAAAUAAAGGUGUGGAAUACAUGUUACGAGCUGCAAUAGGUGGAGAGCGUCAAGCGAUGAUGUACAUGGCUAAAGCAUAUGACACUGGCAAUGGUCUGGGGACUAAAAUGACAAGAUCGUGGUCUGCUGCCGUCAAAUGGUAUCAGAAUGCAAUAGAUGUAGUGGAUGAAGACGAUGAUCCAGAAAACUCCCUACAGACAGAUCCCACCUACAAGUUACUAGCCAGGCAGGCUGAGCUCUAUCUGUCAGGAGGUUAUGGACUGGAAAAGGACCCAUCUUAUUCUGGAGAACUUUACUCCAAGGCUGGAGAUGAAGCUAUGGCAGCUAUGAAUGGAAAACUUGCUAAUAAGUUUUAUGUAUUAGCUGAGGAGGCCUGGGCUGAGAUACCGGAAGACGAGUAGUGACCUGACCUGUCAUUCACUGUGAUUAGCCAAUCAAAUUAACUCUACUUCAGAUUUUAUAAAGUCGUUCAUAAAUCAAAUUCAUAAACGUAUACAACGCGAAAGUGUAGUGACUUUUUCUUAGAGCUGCGGUCUCGUGCAAGCCAGAGAACCUGGACCCGGCUAAGAAACCAGAAAAUGUCCCUCAAGAAAUAAAAAAGACUUCUUUCCUCUUUUAGGGAAAAGAUACUAUUCAAUAUUUUGAGUUAAGAUUAAGAUGCGCACACUGACCGUAGGGUCUACUGAAGAUAGUGCUACCGGUGUAAGAUUAUGAUCUACCAUCUACACAGCCUAAAAACAAUCAAUCAACAGGCUCAAAAGUCGUACUUUUUUACGCUGAAUACGUUCAUGAUAACCAAAGAAAACAAAAACCUAUAGUUCUUCCGAUUAGUGAAAUCUUACGUGAAAUCUCUGUUUUUACAAGUUGAUCUUGCCUAUACUACGACGUUUAACUUUUAUAUUCGAAAAUAAUGCCAACUAUGUUGUUCUCUUCCCAUUCAUAGCGAUUAUUCCUGCAGAUUCCGACGGAAAUCCUCUUCUUAGUUCAAUAUUUAGUAAUCCAUCUGACGAAGGAGUCCCACAGGAUCUAAUUUUGGUCCAGUACAUAAUCUAGAUCAAAGAGUGCCGCACCAUCUUUAUUUUAAUCCACUCAAAGGUACAAGAGUUUGACGUCUGAACCGCGCACGUAUCAUUAAACUUUGCGCUAAAUAUUCUUACGAAGACAUAUUUACUGUAAUCAAGUAAAACAAUUACUAGCAUAUAAUAAUAAUGGCGGAUUUUCAGUUCCGUUAGAAUCCAGUUUUAAAAUAUCUGUUGUUUUGGUCAAAGGCGUGAUUGUUGGAUGGUUACUGAUUCAACAAGUACUAGACUUUAAAGUAUUUUAUCUACAAGAUGAACUAUAUUAAUAUUAUUAUCACUUUAGUGGUCCUCAAAGCGACCCUUCAUUUAUCGGCUACAUAUCUUAUCGCCUAUUUUUUUGUGGUUAUUUUAAUUUUAUCGAAACUCGAAAUAUGUUUUAGAGGUUAUGAUACAAACUCUUGGAAAAGGAAAGAAAGAUAUCCUACUUCCAUGAAGUUUGAAUGUUGCAGAAUUAAGUGGAAAUCGUAAAACGUUCAGUUUUUUUACGUGCAACAAAAAAACGUGAUUAUACUAUCAAGUUGCAUCACUGUAUAUUUAGUGAGAUUGUCUUCAGACAGUUCGUAUUUCGUUGCUUGAAGAGUAAGAUGCAAACUUCAGAUAAUUUGUACUUAUUGUUGAGUGAGUAAUGGAAAUAUACAAAUAAAGUUUUGUGUUGUUCAACUA